UCUGAAUCUUCUCUUUGGAGACGACAUCUCAAUCAAUAGUCUUUCUCUCAUUGUCGAAUAAAUGUUUGGAUUCUUAAAAUCUCCGGGGAACAACAAAGUUCCCAACGAAUCAUCAAACAACAAAGGAGGAGGAACAAUCAAUGGAGGAAGAAGAACUUCUUCGGAACCAGUCCUCAUAACACCAGAUUUCGACGAAGAUGACGACAAGUACAAGAAGGGUUUCAGCAACUCUGGUGAUCUGCAGAGCCAGACGACGGAGGAUUUAGAGAAGUACGCGGUUUAUAAAGCCGAAGAAACAACCAAAGGUGUCAACAACUGUCUUAAGAUCGCUGAAGAUAUAAGAUCGGACGCUACGAGGACGCUUGAUAUGUUGCACGCGCAAGGUGAACAGAUUAACAGGACUCAUGUUAUGGCUGUUGAAAUGGAUAAAGAUCUCGGUCGGGGAGAGAAGCUUUUGAACAGUUUAGGAGGAAUGUUUUCUAAGCCAUGGAAACCUAAGAAGGGUAAAGAGAUCGCAGGACCUAUGAUCACACCAGAUAAAGCGUCGAAGAAGAGCGCGAAUAACAAAGAAGAGCGAGAGAAACUUGGUUUGGCUGCGAAAGGACGAUCAAGCAGCCAACCGAUACCAUCAGACCAACCAACAAACGCUAUGCAGAAAGUGGAGCAAGAGAAGGCAAAGCAAGACGAUGGACUUUCAGAUUUAAGUGACAUUUUGGGUGAUCUUAAGGGCAUGGCCCUUGACAUGGGAUCUGAGCUCGACAAGCAAAACAAGGCUCUGGAUCAUCUGGACGGCGAUAUUGAUGAGCUUAACAACCGUGUUCAAGGAGCUAAUCAACGGGCACGUCACUUGCUUUCCAAAUAAACACCUUCCCAAACAAAACAAAAACGUACUAUUCUCCUAUACGUAUUUUUUUCUCUUUACGUUCGUACAGCUCUGAAACUAUAUU